AUGGUCCAACACCACGUACAACGUCUCUCGAUACUGAAUGAGCCGCCGAAUUUCCUCGAAGGGCCGACACUACUACACGAAUUGGUACCUCGAUCCUCAAAUGUGUCUGCCAUCGAAUUCCUGGAAUAUGGAACCAAGAUGCGGAAGUUCUCCUAUCACACAUUGCACGCACUGAGCGACAUCUUGGCGCAACGAAUCAUCGAAUUGACUGCAACGAUGGAAAAUGCGUCAGCUGUCAUCCCAGUUCUGCUGCCUCAAUGUCCAGAGCUAUACAUUGCGCUAUUGGCAGUUCUGAAGGCUGGCAAAGCCUUCUGUCCUCUUAAUCUCGACGUCCCGGAUGAGAGGUUGAAGUUCAUUCUGUCAGAUGUUGCUGCAAAUCUUCUCAUAACGACCACGGGCCUUUCAAAUAGAUUGAGCUCGAUUGGUAAAGUGGGUUUGAUCUGCGUGGAUCAAGAGUUGCGGCAGGGUGAGGAGAAGGCUGUUACAGCUUCACCGCAAACGAGCAGCACCGACCUCGCAUACGUUUUGUACACCAGCGGUUCUACUGGGCUUCCAAAAGCUGUGAGCGUGUCUCAUCGUGCCGUUACACAAAGUCUACUGGCCCACGAUCGUCACCUCCCUGGAUUUACCCGUUUCCUACAAUUUGCCGCUCCUACAUUCGAUGUGUCGAUAUUCGAGAUCUUCUUUCCGUGGUUCAGGGGGCGGACCUUGGUUAGCUCAUCCCGAGCGCGGAUGCUUGAGAAUCUACCAGGCGUCAUCAAGAUACUUGAAGCCGAUGCAGCCGAGCUCACACCUACGGUCGUGGGGAACCUGUUGCAAGGACGAGCAAGCGUACCUGGGUUGACACUGUUACUCACUAUCGGUGAAAUGCUCACACAACACGUCGUAAGCGAAUUCGGCGACAGUACUAUGCGAAAAGGCAUACUGUGGGCUAUGUAUGGUCCCACGGAGACUGCGAUCCAUUGCACGCUGCAAGCCCGUUUCAGCGCCCACUCUUCGACUGGAAACAUCGGAUAUCCUCUAGAUACAGUUUCGACGUUCAUACUCGCUCCGUCUCAAGAUGCAUCAGAAGGUGCGGGUGCGUUGAUUCUACCAUGGGGCGAGUCAGGCGAACUUGCCCUUGGAGGUUAUCAGAUAGCGGAAGGAUAUCUCAACAGACCUGAACUUACGGCGGCAGCCUUCAUUGACCACCCCAAGUUCGGUCGCUUGUAUCGCACCGGGGAUCGUGCGAAGUUCCAUAAGGAUGGAGCGAUCGAGUGUCUUGGCCGAAUGUUUAGUGGUCAAGUAAAGCUCAGAGGCCAGCGAGUUGAACUUGGCGAAAUUGAGCAGGUCGUUAUGAAGGUCAAAGGGUGUCGUGUGGCGGUUGCAACAAUCAUUAAAGACACCCUGGUGGCCUUUUGCGCGAGUAGUUCGCAGACAACGUCACGUACAGAGGUACUCGAGAUCUGUAAAAAGUGGCUACCCAGCUUCAUGAUUCCAUCGGACGUGCUGGUAGUAUCCAGCAUGCCCCAGCUUCCGUCUGGGAAGAUCGACAGACAAGCACUCGAAAAGCGGUACCUGGAUUCACUUCAGCGACAAGGGCAUGACAUACCGACAGAUGACCCAGAGGCACUAGCCGUUCUACAUCUGGCUGAGAAGGUUUUAGGUCAGGGGCUUUCUUUGGAGUCAAAUCUCGCUGCAGCCGGACUGGACUCGCUGCGAGCGAUUCGCGUCGCUUCCUCUCUUCGAGCGCAAGGCUAUGAUGUUAGCGCGGUGGCUUUGCUGUCUGUGCGAACUCUGCAAGAUCUUAUAACAGCCUGCAAGCAGAACCUUGUCCUCAACGAACACGCGAACUCGACAAGCCGAUUAUCGCUUGACGAUAUUGACAAUUCAACUAUUGGGCCCGCGUUCGAGGAGUCAGACAUUGAUGUGAUAUUGCCAUGCACACCACUGCAAGAGGCAAUGCUAACCGAGACUCUCUCCCGACCAAGCGCAUACUGCAAUUGGGUUGAGCUGGAGCUCACUGUGAUCCGAUCGCAUGAUGAGCUCUUCGGUGCGAUAGCACAACUCGCCAAACACAACCGCAUUCUACGGUCCGGAUUUUGUUCUUCCACAGCUAAUACGCAAGCCUUUGUACAGAUCACCUGGAGGGAAUUAGACCAAGCACAAUUUGGCAUUGUUUCAAAUUUCCAGAGAUCCUACAGCCUCGAUACGUCACACGCUUUACUACGACCGUUCAGAGUUCAGGUACAGACUCGGUCGGAUGGACAGCGCAUACUUGUGCAAUUGCACCACGCACUCUACGACGGGUGGUCCCUCGACCUACUGUUGGCAGAUUUUAACAAGAUCUUGCGGGGAUCCGGGCCAACAACGCGACCUCAAUUUGAAGACGUCAGUCAAUACUAUAUUGAGCGACAGCAAACAUCAGCGCCCGCCGAAAAUACAAGAUACUGGGCAAAACUUCUUCGAGACUACGUGCCGACAAGUCUUGUCAAUUACAAUGGCGAGACGAAGACAGCAGAAAGUACUCAGUCAUACCGGGCGCGCUCUUCAGUUGACCUCGGACAUCUAUCCGACCGAGCGCGCAGUCUGGCCAUCAAUCCUCAGGUCUUCUUCCAGGCUGCGGUUGGCUAUAUUCUCAGUCUUUAUACAGGCUCGCCAGACGUGAUCUUUGGCAACAUUACUUCUGGAAGAACGAUUCCCGUUACAGGCAUAGAGGACAUAAUGGGUCCUUGCAUAGCCUCACUGCCAUGUCGUUUAGACUUCCGAGCAUAUUCUUGCGUGCAAGAGGUAUUGGAACAGGUCCAACGCUUGAAUCGUGAAGGCUUGCAUCAUUGUGCACUGCCGUUGCGAGAUAUAGCGAGAGCGGCCAAUGUUCAACCCGGCACAAGAUUGUUCGACACGCUCUUUGUGUGGCAACAGUCAUUAGUUUCAGAGAUCAGUUCUUUUCCAGCUGUGAAAAUUAUCGAUGGUGCAGAUGAGCUUGAAUUCAAGCUGACCCUCGAGUUCGAACCUCGGGACGGGUUCAUAGCUUUCCGCGCUACGUUCGACCCAUCUUCGAUACCUCGAGAGCAGAUUGUGCACCUGGCACAGCAAAUUGACGAGGUGGUCGAGAAGCUCUUGGGUGACGUGAGCUGUACUGUAGCUGACAUUGGGCGCUGUUUUACCCAGACAAGUCUCUCAGUUGCUAACGCCGACUACCGCCGCAACAGCGACAACAUCAGUCUCUCGCACGCAGUGGAGACAUGGGCGGAGGUUGUUCCCGACAAAGAGGCCAUCAUAUUCGGGCAAGUUCAUGGCGGUGCCAUGAUAGUCAGGAACACUCUAACCUACUCUGACCUGAACCAGCGAGCGAACCAACUUGCCCACCUUCUGUCAAAGCAUGGAGUUGGCCAGGACCGUCUUGUCUGUAUCAUGAUGGAGAAGUCAGUGGAUCUGUAUGUGGCUAUUCUGGCAGUACUAAAGCUUGGAUCUGGAUACCUGCCGCUUGUGCCUGACACGCCUGUCGAGAGGGUCGAUGCCAUUCUCAAGGAUGCUCAGGUCAUGGUUUGUCUCGGUGACUCGAACAGUUCAGAGAUCCUGCAACAAGUCUUCUCCAGUACCAUCAUCGACCUUUGCGCGACAGACUUGUCCACAUUGCCCAGGCACAAUCUCGACACAUUGUACAAUGGCUCACAUAUUGCUUACGCUGUAUUCACCAGUGGAAGCACUGGUACACCAAAAGGCGUCCUUGUAACGCAAAGGAACUUGAUGAGCAACUUGAAAUUCCUUGCUGGUCUCUACCCAGCUUCCAAGAAUUCAAGGAUGCUGCAAUCAUGUUCACAAGCCUUCGACGUGUCCGUUUUUGAGAUCUUCUAUGCGUGGCAUGUGGGCAUGACUUUGUGCACAGCCGCAAAAGAAGACAUGUUUCGCGACUUCGAAGCCUCUAUCAACAGCCUGAAGGCUACACACCUUAGUCUCACGCCUACAGUCGCUGCCUUAGUUGAUCCAGACAACGUACCCGGUGUCAAGCUCCUUGUGACUGCAGGCGAGGCUUUGACAGAGCAUGUCCGACGGCAGUGGGCUGGUCGAGGCCUGUAUCAAGGGUACGGUCCUUCUGAGACUACCAACAUUUGUACUGUGCGUCCCUCGGUGACCUCUACAGACUUGAUCAAUAACAUCGGUUCGCCGUUCGACAACACGUCAGCAUUCGUACUUGAUCCUGACAGCAACACGAUUUUGCCUCGAGGAGCUGUGGGUGAGUUGUGUUUCGGAGGCGAACAAGUCUUCCGAGGCUACCUUAAUCGGCCAGAGCUCAAUGCCGCCAAGCUUAUAGAGAUCGCACCAUACGGCAGAGUCUACCGAUCUGGGGAUAUGGGACGACUCCUUCCGGAUGACUGCAUACUUUCCGCUGGCCGUUCUGACGACCAAGUAAAGAUACGGGGACAGCGGGUUGAGCUCGGAGAGAUCACGUCGAUCAUUUUGGACGAUAGCGCUGUGACCGACUGCAUCACUCUACUUCUUUCGACACCGAAUCAUGUGAAGGUCUUACUGGCGUUCUGGGUGCCGCAGAGCGGCAUACAUGAGCGAUUCGCGACUCUAGACUCCAGUUCCUUCAAGCCCGCUGUACAGCGCAUCUUUGGGUCUCUCCGACGACUGCUACCGGUGUACAUGGUCCCGUCAUAUCUCAUCCCUAUAAGUCGGCUUCCUAUGACCGCGCAAGCCAAGAUUGACAAGCGAUUGCUUCAAGCAACCUUCGCCAACCUCAGCGACGACGAUCUUACGCGAGCUGCGCCUGCGCACACGACCAAUGGUGAGACCAAUGGUGAUGCCAAUGGUACAACUACUUCUCCCUCAACUUGGCAGAAGAGUGUCGCAGAGGUCCUCGCAAAGGUACUCGAGAUCAAGGUGGAAGGUAUCCGACAGACUUCGUCUUUUUUUAACCUUGGUCUGGACUCUAUAUCCGCCAUACGGUUCUGCCACCAUCUCAGGCGAUCUGACCUAGGUGACUUUACCGUUGCCGAGGUGCUCAAGAACCCGACCAUUGCGUACCUAGAUGAUAUGCGAGUGGACCGUCAUCCGUCAAAGUCGACACAGAGAACAGCGGAAGAGAACCUCGAGAGCGUCUUUGUAGAGGAGAAGUCGCAAAUCCUGUCAAUAUUCAGUGAGACAGGCCUCGGAGUGGAGAAGAUUAAUCCUUGCACACCUUUGCAGGAAGCUAUGCUGGCGAGUAGUAUGUCAUCUAAGGGAACAUACAGCAACACCAUGAUCUUCAACGUCACUGGAGAUGUUUUGCGUCUUCAAGCAAGUUGGAAGCUUGCACAGAGCCGGCACGAGAUCUUGCGGACUGCGUUUACGCCGUCGGAUCAUGCCACCUUUGCUUUUGCGCAAGUCGUGCUCAGAGAUCCAGAACUCCGUUGGGAUCAGCUGGAGACGCUCAGAGAUGUCCAGUCCCAUAUGGAUACCGUCCUCGCUGAUCUCCUCGUGUCGCACAGGCCACCUCUGUGUCUGGCAAUCUACGAAGCAGACUUGUCCACCAAUCUUAUCUUCAGCUGCCAUCAUGCACUUUACGAUGGUAUCGCCAUCGAAAAUUUAUUGCACGAGGUUCAACUUGCUUACCUUGGCCAAUCGCUACCUUCUACGAUCUCGUACGAUCGUUACCUGCAGCAUAUUGUUUCUCAAAAUUCAGCAGAUGCCGACAAGUUCUGGUCAAGUCGGUUCACGAACUUCGAGCCAACGUACUUCCCAGACCUGACUGGAAGAGUUCAUAAGGAACCUGGUGUCUCCAAAUCUACGACGCACAACCUACAGCUGCCGUUGAAUGAGCUGCGCACUGCCUCCCGACAUACUUCCGUGUCUGUUCUUUCGAUGGUGCAAGCUGCAUGGGCCAAACUUUUGCAUUACUAUACCGGUGAGCACGAUCUGUGCUUCGGCAACGUCGUCAGCGGCCGUACACUUUCGGAAGAGGGAAUGGAUCAGCUUGUAGCACCGUGUUUCAACACGCUACCUGUUCGAGCUCAUUUCGACUUCUCGAGUUCAAAUUUGGGACUGGUUCAACUGUUGCACAAUUCGAACGUGGAAUCGCUUGCUUAUCAAUUGACAGCCCUCCGGCGUAUUCAAGGCGCUGCACUCAAGGACGGGGGUCGCCUUUUUGACACUUUAGUCAUACUUCAACAACCAACCAAGCCGCUCAACGACAGUAUCUGGACCCUGGUAGACGAUAUGGGCGAGAUGGACCUGCCAGUAGUGUGCGAAAUUCACCAAGACGAAAAACUUGACCGGAUAAAGCUCACUCUGCACUACAACACCAGCUUGAUGUCUGAAAGAGACGCCCAAGUUGUGGCUCGGACGUUUGACAACAGUCUCUGGGCCCUGACUCAGCACUACGAUGCUGCAGCCAAUAAUCCUAUUGGCAUGCCUGAGUCUUUGAGGGCCGAGUCGAACAUGGGUUUUACACGACUGCAGCCAGACACCAUGCCUCUCUGCAAUGGUGCUAGGACGGACGUAGACACAUCGAACCUGCUGCACAAAGGCUUCGAGCAGAACGCGUUCUCUCGAAGGCGUGACAAUAUUGCCCUGGACUUCCUGCACGCAGAUGGAAGACGAACACACUGGUCAUAUCACGAGCUCAACCUGAUAGCCAAUGGUGUAGCGUAUAGGCUCAUGCAUCGUGGAGUUGGAUUGGAGGAUAUUGUCCCUCUCCACAUGCCAAAGUCCCCUAUAUACUACGCGAGUAUCCUCGGUGUCCUCAAAGCUGGCGCAGCAUUUGCGCCGGUUCAUCCCGACCUGCCGGAAGCCCGUAAGAAGCUUAUGCUACAGGAACUCAAUCCCAAGGUCGUGCUAUACACAGAGUUUUUACCCGUGUGUUCCAGACAAAUGUCAAUAAUACCUCUUAAUGUUGCAGACCUCGAGAAACCAAGUUUGGACUCGUGCGAGGACCCGCACGUCGAAGGGCUUGUUGGCUCAAAUCUGGCUUACUGCCUCUACACCAGCGGCUCGACUGGUGUCCCGAAGGCAGUCAGCAUGGAGCAUCAAUCACCAAUUCAGACCCUAGAGAGCUCUAGAUCGUUGGUGCCGUGGACCUCCUCUUCUAGGAUCCUGCAGUAUGCGGCCAUCACGUUCGAUAUGUGCUACUACGAUUGUUUCAUGGCCUGGACAUUCGGCUUCACUCUUUGCGCAGCAGAACAACACGUCAUGUUCGACAACUUGUUGCAUGUCGUCAAUGAGCUCGAUGUUACACUACUUGAUCUCACUCCUUCUGUCGCAUUAUCGCUGUCACGAGCCCAGGUACCCAGUGUGCAGUGGCUAUACUGCAUUGGCGAAGCUAUGUCCGGAGAAGUUGCCAAGGAAUGGAGUGGCGCCUGUGUCAACUCCUAUGGGCCCACGGAAGCUGCGUUUUGCACAACCAUGUUUCCUGUGUCGAAUGACAUCAAGACCUCAGUCAUCGGUCAGCCGUAUCCAAGCACGUCCUUUGCCGUGUUCUCGACCCAAGGCGAGCAGCCAUUACCUAAGCUCAGCGUUGGCGAGCUGUACAUUGGAGGUGCGCAAUUAGCUCGAGGCUAUCUUGGUCGACCUGAGCUCACAGCUGAGCGCUUCAACACUCGCUGCGGUCAGCGGUUCUAUAAGACUGGUGACGUGGUGCGCAUGCUUACAGAUGGUACCUUCGAGUUCAUUGGGCGUACAGAUGACCAGGUCAAGAUCAGAGGGCUAAGAGUCGAGCUCGGCGAGAUCAGUCAGGUGCUGCAACGUUGCGACAUGCGUAUAAAGUCUGCCGUUGUGCAGAUUUUGAAGAAAGAUGCGGCAGCCAAGGAGCAGUUGGUCGCUUUUCUUGCCACUGGCCAUACUCUCGAGGAUGACGACGAAUCCGACCUUCGCAAGGAAGCUAUAAAAGCUGCAAAGAGUCAUCUCCCUGGAUACAUGGUUCCACAAUUCUAUCUGUUGGUCGAUAGAAUACCCAAGUCAAUGGCUGGCAAGAUCGACAAGAAAGUAUUAGCAGAAAUCUUCAAGUCUGCGACGGCGACAAAUGGUAUCUCAGAGGGGCCGAACAACGACCACAAGUGGACCCGUAUUGAAACUCAUAUUCGGGGUGUUUUGAGUCGACUAUCGGACACACCUGUUGAAGACAUCUACCCAGAAACGUCUAUUUACCAGUUGGGUCUUGACAGUAUCAGUGCGGUCCAGAUCUCCGCUGCCCUUCGGAGGUACGGCUACGAAGCUAGUGCUUCCGAGGUCUUACGAUUUAAUAGCUGCAUUAAUCUCGCUGAAAACCUUGAGAUCCGGCCACAAACUGCCAGUCCGUCUGUCGAACAAUUUGACUUUCACGCCUUUGACCGGAAGCACAGAGCAGCGGUCCUGAGACAGUGUGGCUUGGAUAGCCAGAGCAUCGAUGCCAUUCGUCCUUGUACACCCCUCCAGCAGGGCAUGGUAUCUCAGUUCCUUGUCACGAACGGAUCGUUAUACUACAACUACCUCCGACUCAAGCUGAAUGAGCCAGGUAUAGACGUUCAGAGGCUGGAGGGUGCUUGGGCGAAAACAAUCGCGCGUCAUGCCAUACUCCGAACAGGUUUUGCUCAGGUCAAAGACAGAGACUGUUCUUUCGCAAUGGUUCAGUAUACGUCGGACUCACUUACCAUACCCUGGUCGGAGGGAUCUGACCCUGAUCCCAAAGUGGCUGCAAGAAGACUCGGUCAGUUACAACAGGAGGCUUUGGCCAAGCUCCAUCAACCGAUGUGGGACCUCCAUAUCAUCACUCAUAAUGAGAAUAUCUUCCUUGAUAUCUGCAUGUUCCAUGCUCUGUUCGACGCGCAAAGCUUGCAGGUCGUCUUUGAUGACGUGCUGGCCUUCUACAACAACCAGGACAGAACGAAAAAGGCAUCGCUCGAACCAGCGCUCGGUGAGAUCUUACAGCUCACGAAUUCACAGAGCACGCAGACAGAGCAAUUCUGGUCUGGUUUAAAGUGCAAGACGGUUCCGUCUCGUUUCCCGAACAUGGCACCUCUCAGAUACGAACCAAUGCUCCCGGCAGUACUUACCCGACUCUCGUCGAUGUCUAUCACUCAGAUCGAGAAUGGCUGUCGUGUGGCCAACACUACACUCCAAGCUGCUGGAAUUGCUAGCUGGUCAUCUAUACUAGCCGCAUACACAGGAGAGCCUAAUGUGACCAUUGGUGUGGUGCUAUCUGGUCGCCUUUCAGAUGCAUCCGACGACGCCGUUUUCCCAUGCAUCAACACUGUACCAUUUCCGUGCGCCGUCACGAGCGAUCGAUCGGGCACUCUGAAAUCUGUCACUGCGCUCAAUGCAGAAAUGCAUCAGCACCAGUUCACGCCACUCAACAAGAUCCAACGAUUGAUGGGUUCACCUAACGAGCCCUUGUUCGAUUCGUUAUUCGCUCUUCAGAAAACGUCAGGACGAAGCCAGCAGAACGAGUUGUGGACUAUCGUGAAGGAGAGUGCAACAACGGAACAUCCUAUCUCGAUUGAGCUUGAGCUGAGGCACGAGAUCCUAGAGUAUCGACUGACCUAUCUCCCGCACAUCAUUCCAUCGGAACAGGCAGGACUCAUCCUUGAACAGCUGGAUCAUGUCAUGAAGGGGUUUCUCAAAGCAAACGACGCUUCAGAGCAUGAGACCAUCGUGAGCCAGUCUCUGUAUUCCAUUACACCCGCCAAGGAAUCAUCACUGCCAUCUGAGGCCAAGUUGCUGCACGAACUUGUUGAGAUCACCGCCGAUACACACCCCGAUCGUACCGCUUUUGAGUUCGCAAGCUCUAUUCAUGACGAGAAACUCGUCAGCACGCCGUGGACGUACCAAGAGGUCGAUGCGGAAGGCAACAGAAUUGCACAUUUACUGCUUACGUACAACGUGCAACAAGGCGGCCUUGUUGGUGUGUGCUUCGACAAGUGUCCUGAAGCCUCAUUUGCCAUGCUGGGCAUAUUGAAGGCUGGAUGUGCAUUUGUUGCUAUCGAUCCGAGCGCACCGAGUGCUCGUCAGGCCUUUAUUGUAGAAGAUUCUGGAGCUCAAGUUGUGUUAUCAAUGGCUGCACAGUCUGCGAAGUUCAAAGAGAGCAUCAAGGUCCCUGUGCUUAACCUUGAUACGGUCACUACACGCCACCUUUCCACCGUGCGCCCCCAGCUAUCCCGAGCUGUAGAACCUCAAGAUCGCAGCUACUGCCUUUAUACAAGUGGCACUACUGGUACACCCAAGGGUUGCGAGCUGACUCAUGAGAAUGCUGUACAGGCAUUGAUCGCCUUCCAACGACUCUUCGCUGGCCACUGGGACGGAACGUCGCGCUGGUUACAGUUUGCGUCUUUUCAUUUCGACGUCUCCGUGCUCGAGCAAUACUGGAGCUGGUCGGUCGGGAUAUGUGUGGUGUCAGCGCCCCGGGAUCUCAUAUUUGAGGACAUUGCAAACUCGGUCAGAACCCUCAAUAUCACGCACAUCGAUCUCACACCAAGUCUGGCCCAAAUACUACAUCCAGAUGAUGUGCCAAGCCUUUGCAAAGGUGUCUUCAUUACUGGAGGCGAAAGCUUGAAACAGGAGAUCCUUGACGUCUGGGGCCCAAAGGGCGUGAUCUACAACGGUUAUGGCCCGACCGAAGCAACUAUUGGCUGCACGAUGUAUCCGCGAGUACCAGCCAACGGCAAGCCCUCCAACAUCGGACCUCAAUUUGACAACGUUGGGUCUUACGUUCUCCAACCUGGUACCGAUGUUCCAGUGUUACGAGGUGGAGUAGGUGAGCUUUGCGUCUCUGGUAAGCUUGUAGGCAGAGGCUACCUGAACCGUCCGGAGCUGACCAAAGAGCGAUUUGCUCAUCUGAGUCGCUUCGACGAACGUGUGUACCGUACAGGAGACCUGGUCAGAGUUCUACACGAUGGUACCUUCGAUUUCCUCGGCCGCGCCGACGAUCAAGUCAAACUGCGCGGUCAGCGACUCGAGAUCGGCGAGAUCAACUCUGUCAUCAGACAGUCGAGGAAGGACUUCACAGACGUAGCCACUCUGGUACUCAAGCAUCCACAUCAUCAAAAGGAGCAACUUAUAUCUUUUGUGGUCAUUGGCAACCGGUCUCCUUGCGAAGUCAGUGUGCUAUCUCUCGAGGGCGCGAGACUGGGUGAAGCAAGAGACGCCUGCCACAACAAGCUCCCGCCUUACAUGAUCCCAACGCAUUUCGUUCCAUUGGCAUCAAUGCCUCUUAACAUCAAUAACAAGGCCGAUGGAAAGCAAUUGAAGCAGAUUUUUGAGUCGUUAAGCAGCAGCGACUUGCAAAAGCUUUCCACCGUUCCAGUUGAAACACAAUCCUGGACAAAGCAGGAAGGUCUGCUCCGCCGAGUCUUCUCACAAGCUCUGGGCGUUAGAGAAGACGCUAUCGACAAGAAUUCCAGCUUCUAUGAGCUCGGUAUGGAUUCAAUCUCUGUCAUCGGAGUCUCACGAGCCCUCAAAGACGCCGGCUUCGUCAAAGCUAGUGCUAUCACAAUUCUGAAGCACGCCAGCAUUGGUCGACUAGCUAAGGUACUAUCCAGCUCUGAUUCAAGUGAAGAGCACGAUGUUUCUCUCCUUAGUGCGCAACAGGCAAUCUCUGCUACUCAGCACCGCUACCGACGCAUCGUCGCUCACUCGCUUGGAGUAGACUCGCAAGCCAUUGAAGCGCUCGCACCCUGCACUCCACUUCAGCAGGGUAUGAUAGCACGAUACCUGGACAGUGAAGACGGUCUGUACUUCAACGCAUUCACUUUUGAGCUCAGUCUGGCUGCUGAUGUCUCCCGUUUGCGCGAAGCCUGGGACGGAGUCUUCCAAAGCACGCAGAUCUUGCGCACAACCUUUGUGAACACCGAGGACGGCUAUGUGCAAGCUGUCCUUCGAAAGACACCAUUGCCCUGGUACCAACAUUUUACUGAGCACCCGUCCACGGCAAACCAAAUAAAUGAGGCUCGGAAAUCCUGGCUUGCAUCGAAUCUCGCUGAGCUGAGAAGCCCGUUCGAAGUCCAUGUGAUCAGUACAACAGAGGAGCAAUUAUUGGUCGUACACAUCUUUCAUGGGCUGUAUGAUGGAAACAGCAUUGAACUGCUGUUUGAAGAAGUUCGAAGAAGAUAUGCAAGCGAGAAAGCGGAUGACAUCCAAGUUCCGACCUUUCACGACGCUCUCCCGUAUGGUCCUUUGCGCAUCGUGAAAGGCGCAAGUAAAUUCUGGCAGAGCCACUUGACAAAUUCUGCAUCACGACCGCUCUCAUCGCUCACCAAGGAACCGAUUCAGGGCACCGUUGUGGUCACACGAGAUCUCGAUUUGAACCCAGAUUAUGAUUCGAUCAGGAGGAAGCUAAAUGUCACAGCCCAAGCAAUAUCUCAAGCUUGCUGGAUGCACGUGCUUCAGGAGUACGUCGGAGUUCCAAUCACUUUGGGCAUGGUAGUGUCUGGCCGAAGUAUUGAACUUGAGCACGCUGAUCAGGUCAUCGGCCCAAUGUUCAACACCAUACCGUUCUCGCAGCGUACGCAAAUCGGUGAUAACUGGGCUUCGCUCAUCUCAAGGGCACAUGACUUCAACACGGCAGCUCUGCCGUAUCAACAUACACCAUUGAGCGACAUUAUGAAGUGGUGUAAGAGAAGCCCUAACCACCCACUCUUCGAAACUCUUUUCGUGUACCAUGUGUCACAGAUCGACCAGAGCCAGUGGCGAAGGAAUAAAGCAUGGGCAUUGCGCGAUGGUGAAGCGAUUGCGGACUAUCCCUUGGCGAUUGAAAUUGAGCAGAGAAGCCGCGACAAAUUCUCGUUGACCUUAGUCGCUGAAGGUCGCAUCUCGAACGAGAAAACUUUGACUAAGCUCCUCAAUCGGUUCGAGAAGGCGCUUGAGGAUGCAUUGGCGGGUCCCACAGCCGUCGUGGAGACGUCGAUCACCAUUGAUGAAAACAAUACUGAAGACUUGGCGGCCUUGUACGAGGUCACGAGCGAAAUUCAUGGCACACAGGUUUUCGACUGGACAGACGAUGCCAUCGCGAUCAGAGAAGCCAUCGCCAACCUGGCAGAUGUCGAGAUGCAAAAGGUCAACGAGACGACGUCGAUUUUCGAACUGGGGCUAGACAGCAUCGACGCCAUCAAGUUGUCAUCGAGGCUCAAGAAACGCGGCCUUUAUCUACCAGUCAGUGGCAUCAUGCGAGGUCUCACGGUGCAGAGCAUGGUCAACAAUAUAAAAGCAACACAUGUCAACGGCACUGAAUCUCAGGUGAAAGACGUGUUAGCUCGCCACAAGAAUGAGCUGCGAAAUUGUAUUCAAUCCCAGGAAGUGGAUAUGAGCAUAGUCGAGAAUAUUCUGCCUCUUACGCCGCUACAAGAGGCUAUGGUGGCCGAGAUGAUUGACUCGGACUACACGAGAUACUUCAAUUUUGACGUUGCAGAACUGGCUGCAGACACUGACAUCGACAGACUGUGCAACGCAUGGCGUACAGUCAUUGCGUCAACACCGAUCUUACGUACAGCAUUUGUUGAAGUGGAAGAUCCAAAGCUCGACGCUGCAUACGCCCAAGUUGUCGUGAAGGAGGGGUUCUUCAAGCCGGUAGAGCGACAACAACAUGACAGUACCAGACAACCCGACUUUCCUGCUAUCUUCGAGCGUCUACGUCGCGUGGUGGUACACUCGAAGGCUCUAGAACCGCCUAUCAAGAUCACUCUCUUGGAGAUGCCAGGACGCACAUACCAGAUCCUGUCAAUCGCUCACGCGCUGUAUGAUGGCUGGUCUCUCGGAUUGCUGCAUGACGCUGUCAAUUCAGCGUACAUGAGAAGAUACAGCCCUGCGCCUGACUACGAAGCGACCUUGGCCAACAUCGUCGCAGGCUCUGGAGCGGACGCCGAAGCCUUCUGGAAAGACUACUUGACAGGAGCGAGGCCAAGUCUGCUUGCUCGCCGCCACUUGGAUUUCGCAGCAACAGAGAAAGUCCAUCGCAAGGAAAUGUCGAGCGGAGUGAGCCUACCAGACAUCACAGCUUUCGCCAAGAACAGAAAGGUAUCUUUGCAAAAUUUGGGGCAAACGAUCUUCGCCAUGACAUUGGCUUCGCAUGUCGGCUCCCUCGAUGUCACUUUUGGCUGCGUGCUCUCCGGUCGUGACGACGACGAGAGAUCUCAGCUACUCUUUCCGACGAUGAACACAGUCGCUGUUCGCACAGUAGUGCACGGAUCGCGUGUGCAACUGCUACAGUAUGUGCAGGACAAUUUCAACAACAUCAAGCAAUGGCAGCACUACCCCCUCCGAAAAGCUUCAGUUCUUGCAGGCUGUCGGGGUAAGUUGUUUGACUGCUUGUUCGUAUACCAAAAAAAUGCUCAGCAAGGCUCCAGCUCAGAAAUGGAGCUCUAUCGUAGCAUUGAGAGCCAAAGCGACGUCGAGUACCCGAUCUGUGUUGAGAUGGAGGUCGUCAACAACACGCUAGUCUGGCGUUGCGCUGUCAAAGAAGAAGUUCUGAACCUGGAAGGGGCCCAACUGUUACUCAAGACUCUGGACAAAGCGCUUCACAACAUCAUACAGUCUCCUGAGAGUCCUACCAUCGAUUCAACGUUACAAGGGACGUCGUUAUGUGGCUUGCCAGCCUUCAGGGAGAGAAGUACGGAUGUUCUCAACAGCAGCAUGUCAGAGAAACAAACAAGUCAUCCUGUCAACGGUCCACUGUCAGAAACGGCUUUACAGAUACAAAAGGCCCUGGCUUCAGUCGCUCAAGUACCGAAGACGGAAAUCGGGCGAGACAUGUCCAUCUUCCACAUUGGCCUGGACUCCAUCAGCGCCAUCAAGGUGUCGUCAACGCUUCGCAGGCAAGGGAUUAUUCUCAGUGUUGGCGAGAUGCUCACAGCCGGUAGUGUAGAAAAGAUGGCCGUGGUAGUUGACAAACGCACAAAGUCUGCUACCAACGUACCUAAAGAUUCGGACACUAUCAUCAGACAAGCUUUGCGCGGACUCGAUCAAAAUCACAUUUUGCAACAAGCAGGAGUCGAGGCUUCGCAGGUCGAUCGUAUCCUACCUCUUACUGCGGGCCAACUGUACAUGGUCUCCAUGUGGCUUAACACCAAGGGCGCCAACUUCUAUCCCGAGUUCGUCUACAAUCUCAAAGGAGAUCUGAGCUUUGUAACGCUGCAAAAGUCAUGGCAAGAUCUCACUGCCGUGAACCCGAUCCUUCGCACACGGAUCAUCACGACUGGCCAAACAGGCUUGCCCUACAUCCAGGUCGUAUUGAAGGAGGCAAACGCUUCCCUGACCAACAUCACGGGCCAAGAUGAUGCGACUACAGCACACACGAUGACUGAGGUCGCAAAGCAACAGCCCUGGGCGCACAUCUUCGCCGCGCGCGCAGAUUCAGGUUGGACACUAAGAUUGAAGAUCCACCACGCCUUCUACGACGGCGUGAGUCUACCCCUUCUCACGCAGCAGCUGCAAAGCUACUGCAACGGUACCGCGCCUUCCUCGCCAACCUCUGGAUUCAACGAUUAUAUCGCUGCAGUCUACCCCAAAUCAGCAGCGUCGCAACGACAAGCGUUUUGGACGUCGUACCUGUCCGGCCUGAAGCCGCAGCACAGCACCGAAGCAAAACCCGCACCCACAUCGAAAAUCGAGAUCUUCAAGCCCGGCCUCCUCCAAACUGCUUCCUUAGAACAGAUAACGAGACAAAAUGGCAUCUCGACACAGGCCCUCUUCCUCGCGGCAUAUGCAAGACUCUAUGCUGCGGAACAGAGUCAGGGAGAUGAUGUGGUGAUCGGGGUUUACCUCGCCAACCGCGGAUUGCCCAUCGAGAACCUCCCCUCGGCACCUGUACCGACAGUGAAUCUGCUUCCGCUCCGCGUAAGGCAGGUGUCCACGACGCCAAUCGAAGAGGUCGCAAGACAGGUGCAGGAUGAUCUGAGACUGAUCAGUGAGCCAAUCAUCGCGGCAAGCAGUCUCGCUGAAGUUGCUGAGUGGACACUCGUGAAGAUCGACACGUUUGUCAAUUUCCUCAGCCUGCAUCCUGGGGAUGAAAAAUCUGGCCAGCCCGACGAGGUGAAGAUUGAACAGGUGUAUGGCUGGAUGGAAGCAGUCAGCAGAGUUACUGAGAUGAAGGGCGCAGACGGAGAUGUGCCGAUUGAGUUGAGAGUGAAGCGUGUUAACGAGGUGUACCUUCAUGCGGUCGAUGUCGAAGCUACGGUUCAAGAUGGCAGGUUGGAUGUUGGAAUUUUUGCACCAACUGAGAUGAUGAGUUUGAAUGAGGGAGAGCAAUUGAUUGAGGGUCUGAGGGCGGAACUCGAGAAUUUGGGCUAG